AUCCGAGCAUUCACGGGAUUCCGUACGGAUAUCAUCAUGUCGAUGAGUCGAAGCGCUAUCUUGUCUUGGGUGAUUUGUUUGAUGAUAAUCGUGGAUCAAGCCCCACAGGCAUCUCUGGCGGACAAGAAUCGAGAUUUCCAUAUAUCGUCACUGUGCUCGGGCGAUCGCGGCUUCCCGCAGUACAAAGUAGUCCAAGGCGCUGUCCUCACAUCGGAGAGCGAGAACAACUUGGAUUGCGUCAUCACGUUCCAGACAGAUUCUAUCCUACAAAAAUUCAUGAUUCGCUUUGAGAAGCUUGCCUUGGAUUGCAACGAUCACCUCACGAUUUUCGAUGGUGCGCACGCAAUCGGCAAGAGCAAGGUGGAUUUGUCCUGUCGGAGCACCCUGGCGGACGUAGGCACAAUCUUCACGCAGAGUAACUACGUGACUCUGAAAUACACAACCGAUAGCUUCAGCAAACCGAAUAACGGCUUCAAGCUUGUCAUCACGGCUUACAAGGAUAUGAAUAAUCCCAAACAUGAGCAGCUCUUCUGCCAACAAUACACCUGCGGGCAACUGCAGCAAUAUUGCAUUUCCCGGGACCUUUUGUGUGAUGGAGUCAAUCAUUGUGGGGAUGAGAGCGAUGAGAAUGAAAAUGCUCAGUGCUACGACAGCGGCAGCAGCGGUCACCAGAUACUAGGACUCCAGAUCGCGCUUUUCUCUACCCUCCUCGUGAUCGCUUUCGCAUUUUGUGUGCUAUGCAUCCUAGCAGUGAUUUGGUGCAUGUGCCGAACGGAAUCCCAGAAAGUGAUCACGACUCAGGUUGUGCUCCAUGACAAAGGACAUUUUGACGAUUCGAACAUACGGACCAGUUUCGACGAAACAACGCUGACCCACUUCGGCACCUUGCGCGAGAAGACUGAUCAGAAAUUCAGUGAUAUCCAAUUCGGAUCUCAAUUCAUCUUCCCCUUGCAAUCUCCUACAAAUCCCAGCGAAAAGUCGAUGACUCAGUUAGCACCCGAGGACAACUGGCUGGUCUGAAGAGGAAAGAAUAUCUUCGAGGAAAAUAACGGGAAUA